AUGUUGAGCUGCAGUUCCCGGCUGGAAAGCUGCAGGCUCAGGCCUUGUGCGGCCCAGGAAGGAGCCGGCAGGGGGCUUUGCUGCUGUCAGCCAGGAGACGCAGCCCAGCUGCCGGAUCUGUGCUCGGAGGGGCCGGGGGACGAGAUGCGGCCGGAGCACGGCCGCUCCGAGGCCCCUGCAGGGAACGGGGAGCCGCAUGACGGGGACCCCCCGAGCGGGCCAGCCGCACCGGGCCCCCCGGAGCCCCCCGGCGUGGACCAGGCCCCAGACACCUGCCCCUCAGAAGAAGAGUCCUACUCGGUGGCAGGCAGUGAUGGCAGCAUCUCGGCCUCGGUGGCCUCCAGCCAGCCCCAGCCCUCGUCCGGCUCCGCGCCCAGCUCGCCCGGCUCCCGGCGCUCCGUCAGCACCCUCAAGAAGUGGCUGACCACCCCGGUGCGCAAGCUAAGCACCGGCAGCCUGGCCAAGGGCGAGCGGAAGCCGGAGGGUCGGCCCCGGCGAGGGGGCGAGGGCAGGCGGCACGGCCGGCAGGAGGAGAGGAAAAGCAUCGACCUGGGGCUGCUGGGCAAGGCCAACGAGCCCCUCGCUGCCCUCCGGGAGCCCACGGAAUCGGGCCCCUCGGGGGGCGAGCGGCUGCCGGGCCUGGCUCUGCUGUGCAGUCUGCUGGAGGGGGGUGCCACGGAGGCAAACACACAGGGCUACAUGGCAACCAUGCGUGCCCGGGGCGUGCCCGAGGACAUGGAGGGCAAGGACAAGAUCAUCUUCGGGAACAUCCACCAGAUCUACGACUGGCACAAGGAUUACUUCCUUAAAGAGCUGGAGAAAUGUCUGCACAACCCGGACCUGCUGGCGCAGCUCUUUAUAAAACACGAGCGCCGUUUGCACAUGUACGUCGUUUACUGCCAGAACAAACCCAAAUCGGAGCACAUUGUCUCUGAGUACAUCGACUCCUAUUUUGAGGAGCUGAAGCAGGAGCUGGGCCACAGGCUGCAGCUCAAUGACCUGUUGAUCAAGCCGGUGCAGAGGAUCAUGAAAUACCAGCUGCUGCUCAAGGAUUUCCUGAAGUACUACAGCAAGGCCGGGAUGGACACGGAGCAGCUGGAGAAAGCCGUGGAGGUGAUGUGCUUCGUGCCCAAGCGCUGCAACGACAUGAUGAACGUGGGGCGGCUGCAGGGGUUUGAGGGCAAGCUGACGGCGCAGGGGAAGCUGCUGCAGCAGGACACCUUCUGGGUGACGGAGCAGGACGGCGGGUUCCUGCCGCGCUGCAGGGAGCGACGCGUCUUCCUCUUCGAGCAGCUCGUCAUCCUCAGCGAGCCGCUGGAGCGGCGCAAGGCCUUCGCCACGCCCGCCUACCUCUUCAAGAGCAGCAUCAAGGUCAGCUGCCUGGGGCUGGAGGAGGGCGUGGAGAACGACCUCUGCAAGUUCGCCCUGACGUCGCGGGGCGCCGACCGCAGCACCGUCCGCUACGUGCUCCAGGCCGCGGCCCCCGAGAUCGCCCGGGCCUGGGCAGCCGACAUCAGCCACAUCCUGGAGACCCAGCGCGACUUCCUCAAUGCGCUGCAGUCGCCCAUCGAGUACCAGCGGCGGGAGAGCAAGUCCCACAGCCUGGGCUGGGCGGGGGCCCCGCGGGCAUCGCCACCCAGCGGCCCAAUGCGCCCCCACUCCUCCGCCUCCAUGGACAGGAACACGGGGCCCGGCUUCCGGGCCUACAACUCCUCCCUGCCCUCCAUCUACCUGCCCAGCAGCCACCCGCCGCCCACUGAGCCCGCCCGCAGCCAGAGCUCCCCUGCGCCCAGGACGGCCUCCCCGGCCCAUGUUUGCCUCGACUUCCCCGGGGGCCCCCAGCCAGGCGAGCCCCCCCCUGGGGCCCUGAGGGGGGCAGGCUGCCUGCUCCCCGAGCCGGGCUCCGACACCCCCAGCGCCCGGCUUGCCAAACUCGACGAAGACGAGCUGUGA